AUGGCGACAACUUCAGCAAGCCAGAGAUGUGAUAACCAUGAGAAAGAACUAAAAUGCAACCAUGUGAGAUUCAGAAAACAAGGACCGAAGUACCUUGACGAUCUUGAUCUAAUUUUUGGCAAGGCACAUGUGAUUGGGGCCACUGCAUCCUAUCAUGAAGAUAUAUCCUCUGAUGAGGCAAGUGAUGAGGACGUGGCCGAGGUACCAAAACCUCCAGAUAAUGAUAAUGUCAAGCUAGCCGCUUUGAAGAAGCUAGGAAAAAAGAAACGCAAGAGCUCUUGUACUGAAGACAAAGAAGAGAAGAGUCCAUUUUUUCGCAUGUACAAAAACACAUGUUUGAAGAUAGAAAGUGCAGCAGACAAGAUCUUCUCAAGUGUAUCUGCAUCAUCAGCUCCUCCAACUAAUUUAGUCCCCACUAUUGGAGAGGCUAUGACGAUGGUCGAAGAGUGUGGGGUGGAAGAAGGAACUGCUUUAAUGCACACUGCCACCAUGCUGAUCAUGAAGCCUUAA